CAUGGAAAACAACUCUGCCUUUUCUCAUGGGAGCUUCCUCAUUACAGUCUUUAAAGGCCGUCAGGGUUUUCAAUUAUUGCUUUUAAUGAUCACCUCAGAGUGCAGUUUCCUCUAUUAUCUAAAGUAAGUGAGUGAUACAGACUCCAGAGAUGAAGGUCACACCACAUGUUGCCUUUAACCACAGCACUGAGCUCAUCCUGGGGGCAGACCCACAGCUAAUUAUUUGAAGGAGGUAACCUAUUGAAGCUGCUCAUCCUUCCCAUUCAUCUCAUUUCAUGUAUUGCUGUAAGUUAGUGUCGAGGACCUCGUUGGAGAUAGACAGACUUUAAUUCCAGGAGCUGAGCAGUUGAUGACGGUGUUGUGGGAACUGGCAGGAGGAUGUCAAACAACAUGGCCAAGAUUGCAGAUGCCAGAAAAACAGUAGAACAACUGAAGCUGGAGGUCAACAUAGAAAGGAUGCUGGUAUCCAAAGCAGCGGCUGAGUUGAUGGCCUACUGUGAAGCUCAUGCCAAAGAGGACCCGCUUGUGACGCCAGUGCCAUCUUCUGAGAAUCCAUUUCGAGAGAAGAAGUUGUUCUGUGAAAUACUUUAA